CGGCCUGCGGGACUGGAUCUGCCAGGUGUCCAGGUCGGCAUUUCCCUCGUCCUCAGACGGUCUUUUCCCAAGGCGCUUCCUUCGGUCGAGGCAUCGGCCACACUUGCAGGCGGAGCCGAGGCCCCGCCCCCGUUGCCUUGGCGCCCAGGGCUCUCAACCCCGCCGCCGGAAGAACCGCCCCGAGUCGAAGAGAGUGCCCGGCGGAGGAGGGCGCCCAGGGCCGAGCCCCCGGGGCCGGAGCACCGGGGCCGAGCCCUCAGGUGCCGCCUGGGACCACAUGCUGCUCUCUUGCCCAGGUGUUUGACCCCGGUGAGAAAAGGCAGCUGCCUCCAGCACAUUGGAUGUGAAUGGACCAGGCCUGGGACAGAGGCCCUGGGCCUCGGCCAAGCACAGCCAGGAUCCGAGUGCGGGAGCUGAGUUGGCAGGGCCUGCACAACCCCUGCCCCCAGAGCCAGGACCCAGGUGGCCAUGGCAGGGACCACGGCAAGCAGCUGCUGGAGGAGUACCUGUCACCUGCCCGACUGGUUACUAAGGAGACCCUUCUACCAAAAUUCCGUCGUCACAGGACAGGGGGUCUCCAUCUUUCUGGCUCCAGUAACACUCACCACGCCCUGGCUCAGGCAGAUGACCUUGGGCUGGUGAGCAGGCUGGAACUGCGUGUCAACACCCGCGAGAACAGCCUGGGGAACUUUGGGGUACACCUGCCCAACCUCAGCCAACUGAAGUUGAAUGGCAGCUGCCUCGGCUCCCUGCGAGACCUGGGCACCUCCCUGGGCCGCCUGCAGGUGCUGUGGCUGGCUCGCUGUGGCCUGGCCGACCUGGACGGUGUCAGCUCCUUCCCGGCCCUCAAGGAACUCUACGUUUCCUACAACGACAUCUCGGACCUGAGCCCGCUGUGCCUGCUCGAGCAGCUGGAGGUGCUGGACCUGGAGGGCAACUGCGUGGAGGACCCGGGGCAGCUGUGCUAUCUGCAGCUGUGCCCGAGGCUGGCCACGCUCACCCUGGAGGGCAACCCCGUGUGCCUGCGGCCGGGCCCAGGCUCCUCCAACGAGGCACCCCAGGGCUACGACUACCGGGCAGAGGUGAGGCAGCUUAUCCCCCAGCUGCAGGUCUUGGACGAGGUGCCAGCCGUGCACCCAGGCCUGCCGACCUCGUGGAAACUGGACCAGGACUGGCUCAUGGUGAAGGAGGCCAUCAAGGAGGGCAGCGCCCUGGACAGCCUGCUUCCCAGGCUGGUUGCGGCCACCAUCCACCUGGCCUCCGAUCAUCCCUACGGAUCCCCCAGUCGAAGACUCGGCCCUGACCCGUGCCUGCCUGAGAUCCAGCCCCUGGCCCCGAGGCCCUGGCCCCUCUCCCUGCUGGUCCCUGGGGGUCCCCUGCCUGAAGACCUUCUUCCCAAGAGCCAGGCCCCAGAGGACCAUGCCAGCAACCUUACCCACGGCACCGGCCGAGUCCUCUGCGGGAACCCCAGCAAAGGCCUGCAGGAACGCCGGCACCAGGGCCAGGCCUGGGUGCACCCAGAGAAGCUGCCCCCAUACAGACCAGAAGGCCUAGCCACCAGGGCUUCCAGCCCAGCACCUGACCCUGCAGACAGUUGUGACCUCCUGGCCAGGCUUCAGGCUUUGAGGGAGCUGUGCAUGCGACCUCUCCCCCAUAGGUGCCUGGAGUCCCAGAAGGCAGUGGCCACAGUUCCUGGGGGCCCACAGAGGGGCCCUGAAGAACAAGAGGACAAGGCUGGGCCCAAGACUCCCCCUCGCCCCUCAAGCCUGGGCACAGAGCCUUCCAGGACUGUAGGGUACAACCUGAUCCCCUCUCCCCCCAAGUCCCUCAUGUCACCUGACAGGGGCAGCAGCUCCUUGGGGUCCACAGAUCUGCAGUUCCGGGGGCGUCGGCUCAGAGCCCUGGGUAGCUUGGGGCCUGGACAGAGUGGGGGGCUUGGCCUGGGUCGGGGGCUGGCUGCAGUGAGUGCUCUGAGAGCCCUGGAGGUGGCCUCAGGCUCCAGCCCUUCAGCCAAAGGACGUCCAGGCCCUAAGCCAGCACCGGAUCCAGCAGCCAGACCCCCAGCCUCCAGUGCGUGUCGCACCUGAACCUCAUCACCCCGGCCCAAUCCCACCCCCACUGGAAACUCCCACCUACUGCCAGGCUGGCCUGGGGGCUGGUCAAGAGGUCCCACUGUGGUCAUGGGAGCACCCACUUGAACUCUAGCCUCACAGCUUGCAGAGCAUCUGGGGAAGUGUGCUGGAGGGGGUGGGGAGUGGACCUAGCACAGGAGAGGAUCCUCUUGGAGUGAAGUCAGGAGUUGGGACUGCCAGGGGGUGGGCAGAGGGAGAGCCCAGGACAGGACAGCCCAAUGCCCUACUGCUGGCCCAGCUACCCACUCCUUCCGUGUGGCCUGGCCUUCCUAAGAGGAACAGGCCUAGAAGAGGGAAGGUUGGGCCCAGACCGAGAUGGUUGGAGCUGGGCCCUGUCCAUUUCCUGGCCAGCCCUCCAGCUGCCCCAGGGGUCUGAGCCACGCUCAGGCUGCUGUGGUCCUGAGUGGAGGCGCUUGCCCCAGGCAAACCAGGGUGCAGCCAGAUCUCCCAUCCUGGUGGACUUGUGGGUUCUCCCGCGGGGAUGGGGUAGCCAGUUCCCUCCUCUUGGGGCAGGACACCCGGAAACCAAGGGAAUCGUUUUCGACUCAGGUACAGAAAUGUAGUUUACUUGGGAGGCGGUGUUGAUUCAAUAAAUUAUGCAGCCAGCAA